GAGAAAACAGCGUCUGGACUGCUCAGGAUCGCGCGGACUCUAAAAUGUAUCAUCUGCCGUCUGAUAACAAAAAGAACAGUGUUUUCCAGCGGGAUGUAAAAGGCUACAUCAUGUUUUGGGAUAAUUUGGCAUCUGAGCACUAAAUAUUCUCAUUAAAUUUCAUUCAAAGUGCCGUGUUGACCGAAAUCCGUGCUAGCCUUGGGAAUAUCGCUUACAGGUGCUGACAAUGGCAACCAAAUACCUGAUGCUUCUUGCCUUGGGGACUGCAGUGAUUGGCAGUGUGCACUAUUGCCCUGAGCAGUGUAUUUGCUCUGAUAAAUUGAACCAUCAGUUUGCAGACUGUGCCUACAAAAACCUUCUGGAAGUCCCUGUGGGCUUGCCAUCUAACGUGACCACCCUGAGUCUUACAGCAAAUAAAAUUAAAGUGCUAAAAUCGAAAACCUUUAUAAAUGUGACCCAGGUGACCUCUCUUUGGUUGGCCCACAAUGAAAUUGUGACAGUCGAGAGGGGCUCUUUGGUUCCAGUGAUUCAGCUGAGAAAUUUGGAUAUAAGCCACAACCAAAUUGUUCAUUUUCCAUGGGAGGACUUAAUCAAUCUCACUGCCCUGCAGUUGCUGAAGAUGAACAACAAUGAGAUGAUCAGUAUACCCAAGAAUGCUUUCGCCAACCUUAAAGACCUGCGGUCGGUCCGUAUUAACAAUAACAAGUUCACCACUAUUGUGCAGGGAACGUUUGAUGCUCUGACUGCCAUGUCUCACCUCCAAAUCUUCCAUAACCCCUUUACCUGCUCUUGCAACCUUGAGUGGCUUAGGGACUGGAUUGGCAAAUCCACAAUCUCCAUUCCUGAACAAAACAACAUUAUUUGUGAAGCUCCGGGCCACCUCAGCGGCACUAUGGUCACUAGUAUGCCCAAACUUGAUUGCACAGCCCCAUCUGUGUCCAUCAUAUACCAGCCGAAUAUUGAAAACACAGAACUCUAUGAGGGAUACAUGGUCAUCCUGAACUGUGAAACAAAAGGAAACCCAAAACCUGAGGUCACAUGGGAGAUAUUUGCAGGAAACCAACUAAUUACGUUCCCUUUGCCCGCCAUAGUUGAAAGAAGUGAGAUCCCCAUUAAUGGGCCACCAACGAACACCAGGUACCUUGUGUUUCAAAAUGGCACCUUGAUCAUCCCUCGCAUGACCAAAAAGGAAGAUGGAAACUACACUUGCUCUGCUGCCAAUGAAGUGGGCAGAGCAUAUCGCUCUGUGAAACUUGUUGUCGCAGGUACCAAAAAGCAUGCCAUCAAUUCAAUGCUUGACACAAAAGCAGCCAGCCAUUUACCUGGAGACAAGCUUGGUUCAAAGAGCUCCAAAAACAGUGUGAUCAAUGUGUGGCCCAAAUCUGAGGAGAAAACAAAGAGCUUUCCAACUGGAACAUCCCUCAUUACAGUGGAUAAAGAACAAGUGGAGGAAGGGACGGAUACGCUGCCAUUCGUUGGCAAAUGCGGCAUAAAUGAUGGUACCCAGUACAUCUCCAAUCAUGCUUUUAACCUUAGCUUGGACGAACUUAAACAGUACACGUUUGAUUUUGGGGUUAUUGCACUGGAAGUUUCAGAGACUGAAGCCAAAGUUCAGCUGAACCCUUUCCAGAUGGCUAACGCCAAAUCAAAUGUUCAUCUCAGUCAACAACAAGACCUGCAAACUGUGAAUAAGGAGCCUUUUAGUCUAUUCCAGACAUCCAACAAAAAAUCCCCCCUGAACAUGUUGUACCUUUGCGUCAGUACAGGUAAUGGACAUUCAGUGGUGCAGUGGUCCAAGAUAGAGGAGGGCGUCAAUGCCUAUCGCUUCCAGGGCCUCAGGCCAGGCACUAAUUACACCCUAUGCCUCACCUAUGGAGGCCAGGACUGCCAAGUACAAGUGGUCUUCACAACUAGAAAGAAAAUCCCAUCUUUGCUAAUCAUAGUGGUUGUUAGCAUCUUCUUGCUAGCUUUUGCAACAGUGCCCCUGCUGGGUGCCACCUGCUGUCACUUGCUUUACAAGUAUCAAGGCAAGACCUACAAGUUGAUUAUGAAGACACAGAACCCGGAUCAGAUGGAAAAGCAAAUAGCAGUGGAUUUCGAUCCCAGGGCGUCUUUUGUCGGGUCAGACAAAAACUUUAACCUGAGCGAGUUGGGGGAGGGAGAAGGCGAGGUUGAGGGUGAGGAGGGAGAUGUGGAAGGUGAGGAUGUUGAGGGUAGUGUGGUGACCGAGUCCAUUCCCGAGUCACAAUCCAAAACGCAGGAAGAGUUUGAGGUGGGAUCAGAGUACAGCGAUAGGUUACCGCUUGGGGCGGAAGCGGUAAACAUAUCUCCGGAGAUCAAUGGUAAUUACAAAGAGCCCCGUUGAGAUGUUAGUAGUGGCGUGUGUAAAAAUUGACUCGAAAACACAUUACAAAGCAGGUGACUACUGAUCAUCUCACGUUACAUAAACGUGUGCUGACAAAGGUGCGUUUGUUGCUCAUUUUUACCUCAUUAAGUUAGCAGUAAGUGUAUACAAUAAGUGCUCAUUUACAAAAAGCGUUUUUGAGAUUGGUCGAAUAGAGCAGACUUGGACAAACAAACCUAUCUUUAAACAAACCUCUUAAACCAAAAGGUGAUCCCAGAUAGCACAAGUGCAUCUCAGAGAUGUCGGUUUUAUCUCUUUUCAUCUGGAAAGCAUCACAAUCGAAUUAACAUCUGCUAAACAUCUUUAAAAGAUCAGAUUUACAUACAUUCUAAAUCAUAAACAUCUAAAAAAUAUCUGAUGAAUCUCUUACAUCCGAGACACACUUAUUGACAUAUUGCAGAGCAGCAAAACAACAUAAAAAAAAAAAAAAAUAAUAAUAAUAAUUAAAAAAAAAUGUUUUCCAGAUGUAAACACACACACACCUAAUAGACGUUUGGGUGAUGUAUCGACAGGGCUGGACAGGGAUGAGAAAUCGGCCCGGGAAACUGGCCCAAAAGUUGAUGUUUGUGUUUACAUCUUGAAGAUGUAUUUUUACGUCGUUUGUUCAUCUGCAAUACAUCUAUAAGACGUAUGUCAAUUAAUAUGUCUCGGAUGUAAGAGAUUCAGCAGAUAUUUUUGAGAUGUUUAUGAUUUAGAAUGUAUGUAAAUCUGAUCUUUUAAAGAUGUUUAGCAGAUGUUAAUUCGAAGUGUGAUGCUUUCCAGAUGAAAAUAUAUAAAACAGACAUCUCGGAGAUGCACUUGCGCUAUCUGGGAUCACUCUUGUAUCGUAAGCGUUAAUGUCAAAGUAGCGUACAUUUGAAUUCAUACAGGGCUUUCGUAAGGGGCCGUUCAUCCCGAACUGUUUUUCAACUGCUUUUUUUGUAAGCAUGCUCUAGCGCUUUUUUUUUUUUUAACCUUAGACGGUUGCGUCGUGUCUCGCUGUGUUUUUAUUUUAACGUCUCGCGCAGGAGCGCCGCGUCAUUAAAAAAAAACUUCAUCCGUCAAAACGGCAUCAUGAGACACCAGCGUUCUGCUCUAUUCAUGACGCUGCGUCUAGUUUAUUAUACAGGCUAAGUGGCUUUUCACAUCAAACUGGUUUUUGUUACUGUGCGCUCUGUUUUUCAUUGUUUUUACACGUAGGCCUAAGCCAGCGCUGGACGGACACCUUUAACCAUUGCGCGGCGUCUUUUUUUUCUUCCUUAUCUUUUUCUUCUGCGUCUCUUGCAGGAGCGCCGCUUUUAGAUACGGUCAAGUUAAAAAUAACAAACUGUUAAAACAUGUAUCGAGAAUACUACCCAUUCAGUUAUUUUUUUUGCCCUGCGUCUAGCUACUUCCGUUUCUUUCUUUUUUUUGUUUGGCGCAAAGACGUGUUCGGUGUGAACAGCCCCUGGACAUCGAGUUUAAAAUGUAGGCCUAUUCAAUGCGUUGCGUUAAUUUCUGAGGGAAAUAUCACAGUGUACUUCUCACAGCAUGUGUGUGUGUCUUUAAAAUAAACCAGGUCACCUUAGAAAAACAAAAGUAUUUGUAAUGCGGGGAUCCCCAAAAAUCUGUGAUUUUUAAUCUCUUUGCCAACGGGUGCUUAAAAAAAAUCCCACGCCUUUACGAAUCGACUGAACGUGUCCUUCUCUUUGAGAUAGCCUACUUGUUUGUGGCAUGUCACACAAAAGUAUUUUCAAGUGUGUUUUAUUAGAGAAUAGACUGUAGAUAUUUAAUGUUUGUGAUGUAAGCCAAGUAAUAAUCUGAAAAGAUGUUCUUUUUUAUAUAUAUAUAUACACAUAUAAAUGGUCAGUUUCCACCAUCAGCCAAUAGGACAUCGAGUGCCCAGUACAUUGACGCAUUGUGACUUGUGUUGUGUCCAACUGUCCAAUGAUGUUGUAAAAAUUCUUAAACCUCUGAAAGAUUUUGAUAUGAUUUUAUGUACGUGACCUUAAUAAAAUAUUGAA